UCCAUCUCACAGGCUGUGCUAUAAAAUACUCCUCUUCCCUGAGCAACAAGCAACGACUGGAUGAUGUGUGGAUGAAGUCUCUAUGAAGGACUAACCUCACGUGCUCAUACGCGCAAGCGUCGCGUCGGUUUGAGUAUGCACAACGAAUGUGAUCUUGCGUUCCCGUCUCCUCCUUCUCCUCCUCGAGCCGACACUGAGAGGCGUUUCGUCAUGUGUAAAGAGACAGUUUUACCGCAAUGCUAUUUCAAUAGCUCUCUAGCUCUACACGAGAGCCACUGACCCAAGAGGAAAGGGUGGUGCCGCGCACUGGCAUAGUCCAUUUAUCUGGAGUCGGCUCAGCAGACAAGAACCGAGCAGAGCAGGUGUGCGCUUUCAGUCUGGAUUCAGAGCUCCUCUCUCUCGUCUCUGACUUUGAUGGACUUACAUGCGGCGCGUUAGCUGCGGUGGAUGACUCCAUAUGCGCGUUUAUUGCUCAGGGUGAAAGUGUCCUUCUUCAGAACACAGUUCAGUGGAGAUCUUCAUUAUGAACACAGAUAGCGGAGGACGUGCUCAUAAAAGAGCGUCCCUGUCGCUCACUCUCUGGCCUGUGAAGAGGGUCCAGAUCUCACCCAACCUGUACGCAGCUGCAGGUAGUGAUUCCCAGUCAUCAGAUUCAGAUGCCUGGCGUUCACGUAGUGUGUCUGAAGGGUUAAGGAAUGGAGAUGCCAGUAGCUCGUCCUUGAUUUCUAAAGGCUUCCGCAGCGUUAGACCGAACCUACAGGAUAAGAAAUCUCCCACACCGGUCCCCUUGCCGCCCCCUCGGAGAGAGAGCUAUCACAUGACCCCUAACCCCCCAUAUUACAGUUCCCUUGCAAUGCUGUCAGACACCUCCCUCUCUCCCCCACAGAGUCAUGAUAUAAUUUCCACAGGCUCUUACACCUCCUCGUACUCAUACUCUAAGACCACACGAACCUCCACUAGCACCCCUGGAGCCCCCCUGGAGGAGCCCCCCUUGUCCCAACAAGCUAAUGCUAACAGUUUUAUCACUCGGGUUCUGGGAAACAAAUUGUCAUCUUCAAAAUUUACCACUGACCAUCUAAAUGCAGCACCUAACAAGACAAACAUGAUUAAAACUGACCCUAAGUCUAAAACUAAGCCAAAAAGUACAACUGCUCCCCCAGCUCAAGACCCCACUGCAACUUCUGAAACACACGAAGCUUCUCUCUCUAUCCAGUUAGUUCCCCGCAGUCCAGAACCCCAAGCAGAGACCCAGUCAGGGUCUGAAAUUGAAUCCAAGAAAAACACAGUGGCCCUCGCUGACCCUACGCGAGCCCCUGUUGUACCACCAAGACCAGCGAGAAGUUUGGUGUGUGAGUUUUCCCCUGUAAGAGGGAGCAUCGGGCCGCUCUCUUCUGGACCGCCUUCCCCAGACCCAUCAGCUCGCCGGUCACCGUAUAGCCGGGCCAGUCAGGAUUCCCCUGACUUCCUUUCAGGGCUAUUGCCCAAAGCCCUCUCACCGACACCCUACGCCCCUCUGGAACGUUCCAGGCUAAUGUCGGCCUCACCUGCUCCGUCACCAGUAACUGUGUCGGCGCUGAGUCAUUAUUCAUCAUCCACGGCUGGGCUGGAGGAGCUGCGGAUCUGUGGCAUGGACUCCUCCCCUGCGGCCACGCCCACCCCAUCCCCCACACUCAGCCACGCCUCCAAUACCCCUGACGAGCUUCCUACCGCCCUGUCAGCUGCCACGGGCACUAACGGUCAGAUGGCAAUGAAUGGAAGCUCUCAAUCUCAGAGGCCCUUUUCUCCACCUGUUUACCCACCUCCACCCCCAACCCUCAGCCCAGGACUGGUAAAGAUCCUGCAGGAUCGUAGUUCAGAGGGUUCAGAGACGGUGAAGAGAGAGACUGUUGUCUCUGGUGAGACAGUGGUCAGUAGCUCUGUGCCCAUCGCUCGUUUCUCAGAGGAAGAGAAGAAGGUGUCCGUCAUAAAAGCGCCCCAUUACGAAGGCAUUGGACCAGUGGAUGAGUCAGGUAUUCCCAUCGCCAUCCGAACGACCGUGGACAGACCCAAGGACUGGUACAAGACCAUGUUCAAACAGAUCCACAUGGUUCAUAAAGCAGAUGAUGACUAUGCAGACACAUAUAAUGCAACAUACGCUGUCAUAAACAACGAUAAUCACCCUCCUGUCCAUGCCCACCCGCCCCCUCGAACGCACACCUACCGGCCUCUCUCUAGAAAUACCUCAGACACGCCAGACCGUGCCGCCCACCGGGAGCUCUCACCAUCCCCCGUGCCCCCUCCGCCCCCUCCCAUGCCCUCUCUCCUCCAGCUCCGCUCAAGAGACAUGGACAGAGAGAAAGAGUUCUCACACGACCCAAAUGAGUGGGGUCCUCCAGAUCGAAAAGUGGAUACGCGUAAAUACCGGGCAGAACCACGGAGCAUCUUUGAGUAUGAGCCUGGCAAAUCCUCCAUCCUUGAGCAAGAAAGGCCGACAUUUGAUUUAAACCCAGAUGACAUAGAUUUAGAGAACGAGCCUUGGUUUAAAUUCUUUUCCGAAUUGGAGUUUGGACGGCCGCCUCCUAAAAAGAGGUUGGAUUAUAAUCCUGACUACUCCACACAUGCUGUGGCACAGUCAUCCCUCUAUCUCUCGUCUUCGGAACGACCUGAUGGGCCUUCAAGUUCUGCAAGUGACUACAAGAAAAGGCGAAAGUCGGAACCAUCUGUCACUCAAGCCAACACAGGAAGUGAGCAGAAUGCACGUCAAGUAUUUUCCCACCCACUGGACUCUAAUAAAGCACAGACACUGAAGAAGCCCACCAUACGUUCCUCCCCCUCCUCACCAUCCAGACCCAAAGCUGGAGACGCUAGUGAGUCACUCUCCUCCUGUAUGAGCUCUCCAGGUAUGGAGCGCCCUUCCUCUCGUCUCUCCUCAGACUCCCUCACUAUCUCCACACCAACCUGGCGUGGCUCCAAGCGCUCCAUCUGCUUCAAGAACGGUUGGCAGACAGGCCGACAUGAAGCUGCAGAGACUUGGAGUAGUGUUGACGAUGAAUCUGUCGUGACUCCGUCAUCACCACGGCUCAAAUCGCGUAGCUGUGAUGAUUUGUUGUCUGAUGGACAUGGUGCUAGUAAUGGAGGGAGAGCAUCCACUUCUGUGACUACCACUCGCUCUGAAAGUGCAGGUUCAUUGCUCGAUGAAGACGCUCCACAGACGCCUCAAGUAAAAAGUCUUACCUCAUCUCCCAGGGGGCGCCGACAUCACCGCCGUAAGAUGCCACAUGAUACUCCAGGUUUCCUUCAGCUCUACAAGAAAAUGCACCACAUAGACCGUGAGCAGCUGUUGCCCUCAGAGGUGAUUCGUUCUGUACGUGCACGGAUCCUUGAGCUGGAACGGCUACAGCAGCAACAGAGGCACAACCUCCAUGGUUGGGCACCUUUCGGUAAUGAGGUACCUCAACACAUGGUCCCAAACCUUAUAUCAGAAUAUGAACAGCUCAUCCAGAAAUCAAAGUCAAUGCCAGACCUUGGUGACGAAAAUGCUCCUUCGGGCACCACCACACCAGGGUCCUCAAGGGCCAGCAGCUGUCCCAAACGACGCUUUUCUGUGGAAUCACUUUUAGAGGAAGAGGAUCCUCCAGAAAGGGCUCGAAGUCCCCCUGAGGGACAGCCAAAACCGGGACCAGACAGCAGUAGCCUGGUGCCAAUUCAUGGGAAGAACCAGAGGCAUCAAGACUACUCGGACAGUGAGCAGGACGCCUGUGCCUCCGAAAUGAGCGACAUCCACAUAGAAGGAUCUUCACUGUGUAGUGAAAGUGACCUGGAUCAUUGCUCAUUUACCUCAUCGGAGAGCUUUUACGGUUCUGGGCAACAUCACCAUCAUGGACACCAUCACCAUGGACACCGUUACCAUCGCCACCAUCACAUGCACCAGAGUGUCGGUCAGAGUCAAGGUUACCAACACCGCCACCUCAUCAGUUCAUGUAAGGGUCGCUGUCCAGCAUCCUAUACACGAUUCACCACCAUGCUAAAACAUGAGCGACAACAAGAAAGGGCUCGGCAGGAGUCCCACCCUGCCUCUACAUCUCCGCUAGCCCAGCAGUCACCCAGUGAGUCAGGCCUUUCCAAACUGGCCUUUCUGGUCAGCCCUGUGCCUUUCCGCCGGAAACGAGGCUCCCCACCGACCCAACGACGACAUUGCAGAAGCGGUCGGCCAAAAUCCAAAACUGCAAUUUAUGAGGCUUUAGAUGCCGCUUUGCAGGACAUUUAUGACCACAUAAGGGCAGAAAAGGGGCAGGGACCAGCAAGGAUGCCAGAUGAUAGCAUAUUGCAGCGGUUAUUGGAGGAGUUGAUACCAGACGUGCCCAAGCGUAGCUCCUCCUUGCGGGCUCAGAGAGGGUCCGGCUCACCCUCCUCGCCCCACGUCCACCAGCCUUAUCAUGGAGCCCACCAAUGUGCCUCCUACCAGCAGCAACACCACCAUGCAGACGCCUCCAACAACAACCAGCAUAAUGCUAAUGCUAAUGUGCACUGCUAUUCAGAUCAGGGCUGUGAUACAGGACGUCUCGCACCACAAAGCAGAAGACCCACGCCAGAAAGAGAGGUCUCCUCUAAGCAGAUGACCUAUCUUAUAUUGUCUUCUCUCCUCCAUCAGAAACAGUCUGCCAGGGCUAUUUAUGAUUUUAAAGCUCAGUCUGCCAAGGAACUCUCUUUUAAGAAAGGUGAUGCUGUCAACAUCAUCAGACAAAUUGACAGUAACUGGUAUGAGGGGGAACACAGAGGAAGGAUUGGAAUUUUCCCCAUCUCUUAUGUCGAGAAGGUCGCAUCUCCAGAGCGGAUUCAGCCUGUCAGGCCUCCUCCUCCAGCUCAGGUUCGAGAGAUUGGAGAGGCCAUAGCACGAUACAAUUUCAAUGCUGACACUAACGUGGAGCUUUCUCUUAGAAAGGGGGAGCGAGUGAUCCUUCUAAGGAAGGUGGAUCAGAAUUGGUAUGAAGGAAAGAUUCCUGGCUCAAGCAAGCAGGGCAUUUUCCCUGUGUCCUAUGUCGAUGUGAUCAAGGGCUCUCCUUCCAAGAGCCCCAGUCACCAAGGAGACACACACACAUAUAAGGCACAUAAGUACAAUACAGAGCCCUCCCAUUUGCAAUGUCUUGAUUCUGCCACUGGGACACACUUUCAAACAGUCACUAGUGAAUGGCUGUCCCUCACGUUGGGAGUUUCCACCACUUACCCAUCUUCCUGUGGCAGUCCAGUCCCACCCACCCCUCCUCCAUUACCCAGCAAUCUACACUACACAGGCCCCCAAUCCCCUGCUUCACUUGUGCAAAGGUUCACCCCGCCACAAAACCUUUCCCCUUUUGUGGAUGCAAAAGAAUGCUCCCCUUUUCCUAGCCAAGGACCAAUCACUUCAGAGUCCUCAAAUAUUUCCCUUUAUUCCCAUGAACGUCUCUACAGAGAUAAACUGACAGCAAUAGAUGUACCAGAUACAUUAAUUCCAGUGAAACAGAUCACAGACCAUACUCAAGAGCUGUUAAGAAUGGAACAAAAGAGUCAUGAUGGUAUAAAGCUCUUAAAAGAUAUGUAUUUAAAGGAGCAAAGCUUGAUACGAAAGUAUGACCCAUCCAGGCUAAUAAAUGAACCUGAUCCAUAUGGCGAGCUUAUGUCGAUGUUUCUGAAAAAUCAACUCUAUAAUGAACUUGAAUUCAGAUUGGGCAAUCGAUCAAAAAGCAUGGCUAAUCAAGAAGCAUUACCUAAUAAGCCACUGUCCAUCAGUCCAAGCCACAAAUCAGAAAAUACACUGGAUAAGAAUCAUGAUAUCCAUAAGAAAAAGGCUGAGGAGCUGCUGUCAGUCAUUUUGAAUAAGAAAACUGAGUUUGACGGUCCAGUAGCUGCUCUAAAGUGGGAGGAACUUCCUGAGUUGUACAUAAAGGAAGAGGAUGAUGAAACAAACAACAGAUCAGGCUUGGAGACAGUUUCAAAAAAAGAGAAAAUGAUGCAGGAUUCUCAGCAUUCAGGUGGUGAGCCCUUCCAAGCUGUGUACAACUAUGUGCCUCGUAAUGAGGAUGAGCUGGAGCUGAAGGAGGGGGACGUUAUUGAUGUCAUUGAGAAAUGUGAUGAUGGCUGGUUUGUGGGUACCUCUCGGAGAACCAGCUUAUUUGGAACGUUCCCAGGAAACUAUGUUAAACCGCUUUAACAAAGAGGAAACAAUGGCACAAAUACGGCCACUCCAGUGCCUACUGUGUAGGGCCAAUGAGGCACCUCACCUUUGAGAACAUGUGUGUGUCCAUAUGUGUGAGUGUGUUCACAAACACAACAGUUUUAGCUCUGCCAUGUCCGCACAGACAAACCACUGAAGUUUAUUUCACUUUGAGCACUUUGUUUUCUUGUCUCCUUGCUGUUCCUUCAUCUGCUAUUCUGACAACAGCACAUUCAUCAAUGUUUUUUUCCUGUUAUUUUGACAUUUUGUUCAUUUCCGGGAUGCGGUAGCUCAGAGUUAGUACGGUGAGGAUUCAGGCAGCCUCAGUACUGAGUGAAGUCAGUAGAUCAGUAUGAAUGAUACUGAGAAGAAACCUCAGGCAUCAGUGUUGAACUGAGUGUGUGUGUAUUAUCUGUGUGUUGUGUAAUAAACAGUGCAAGGUUAAUAGCAAUAGAGACCACUGGUUAUAGAUGAGGAUUGAUAGUUUCAUUAAAAUGAGCUAAAGGCAAUAUCAUGGACAAUUAUGAAAUUGCUCAUUCCCCUUGUGUGUGGCCAAAAUUAACAAGUGAUAGGAACAGAUGUGUUUUAACCAUUAAUUGUAUAGAUAACAAUACUUUUGCCAUACAGAAUUACAAAAUAACUGUCAUGGAGCAAUUUUGUUAUUGUCUAAGUGGCAAUCGUUAGUAUAGGAUACUGUUCGUAUAAUUAUCAGUGCAUUGUGGGUAUUUGUAUAAGUUGUCUUUAAAAAGAAAGUGCAUUGACAUUCUGGAAAGGAAAGAUGCUUUUAUUGAAUUUGGUACUUUGGAACUUUUUUCUAAUGUUUACUUGAGAAUUUUAUGAACGGACUGAGUUUUAGAAUUGUGAGUGAAUCACCUGACUUUAAUACAGUAUAAAAACAUGUAAAUUAAUAUUCAAUCAUUGCUUGUUUUAGUAAUGAAUGGCAACAAUGUUAAAAGGUGAGCCUGCUAUGAUGUUUAAUUGUUUUAUUUGUUAACCUAAAUUAAUUUAUCUAAAGCAUAAUUUUCUCCUUUUUUUGAAAGUUUGAUCUCUGAUAUAAAACUGAAAUGAUGCAAUUUAUCUGCCACAUUUCUCAUGAGUUUCACUCCUUUCAAAUUGCAUCAUAAAAUGCAAUAGAGAGAGCUGUUGGUCUUUGAUGAAUGUUUGUAUGCUUGGCUGGCGUUCAAAAUGUUUUAGUUUUUGAAGGAUUUGUAUAUCAGUAUUUUCUGUAUCACUUGUGUUCUCAUCUGAAAGCAUAUAGCUUGUAUUGCAUCAGCUUUUACAAGUACGCAUAUUCAGUAUAUGGAAAAGGGUGUCUAUGAAUUUCACAGACAGCAGAGCAAUCUUAAAGCACCUUAAACAUUUAUUAGUUCUAUUAUUUUUGUUUUCUUUAAGGUUGAAGUGUGUAAGAAUGUCAGUAAUGAAAUAUUGUUGCAUUUCGUUGCUUAAUAUGCAGAGAGCUAUGAGGAAACCUUUUUGUUGACUUGAGCACAAUCAGUGGGCGGGGCUUUCUGUUUGGCUGACCAAUGGCAGAUGGGAAGGAAACCUGUUUGAAAAC